GGCAGAGGCAGACGAUUACAAGGACUUAGUGUGGAGAGGAAUGAGGAGACGUGACUUCUCUCUCUACAAGGAGUAUGCCACUGAUAGAUGUCCUGAUUUCAAGGAUUAUCCCUGGUCGGAGAAGAAUGAGGCYGUGGCUGAGGAAGUGAAGGAGAUACGGGACAUGGUGAAGGGAUUAACGAGACAGGUUACAGAGAUUGUGACCGCCACAGGGGUCACGGCCUACCGGGACAAACCUGGAGGGYCCUAUUCACUUCGCUGGGACCGUAGGAACAGCGAUCCCUGGAGGAGUGUCGAGGAUAAAAAUCCUCGGACGCUGACUGAUUAUCGUACGAGGGGAAGAGAGAGAGACGAUGAAUCAUGGAGACGUAGGGACGAUGAGAUAGACCGAGACCGCAGAGAUCGCGAGCUGUUUGUGCGAGCAAGGAGGCUAGAUUAUUACCCCCGAAGCCCUCGCUAUGAGGCCGAUCGGGGUAGAGGCGACUCCCGCGGCCGAUGGGACAGGAACGACAGAUACGAGAGAACGGACCAAGAUGGAUAUAGGGACGACAAAGACGAGAGGUCGGGUCGAGAUGGCUACAGAGGAAGUAGAUAUGAGAGAGGAGAUGGGGACUGGGAACGACGAGAUGGGUCGCGAGGACGGUUUGAGCGCGGGGGGGAUGCGAGAGAGCAGCGCGACGAGUCGCGGGGAUGGUACAACCGAGGGGACCGACGCGAUGAAUCACGAGCACGAUAUGACUCGGGGGACCGCCGGAAUGAUUCGCAAGGGCGGUAUGAGCAAGGAGGGUCUGGAGGAGACCGGCGCAACGAUUCGCGCGAUCGGAAUGAAAGAGGGGGAUAUGGUGUCUCAUCAGAACCAUAUCCCAAGUCGCUUGACCCUAAGGCGGCCAGGAAUUCGAUGUCUAGAGGCGCAGACGACAGGGCAUCUACUCCCAGGAACUCAUGUAGAGGAGAAGAUCAUAUCAAGAGGGAUUGCCCGGACCUCAAACGGGCAAUAGAUGAGGGACUUGUCGUGCUUGACGACCGCAAAAUGACGCUGGAGGGAAGGAAAGACCGUUAAGAUUUGAGAGUAGGACACUUAAUACAGCCGAGCGUAACUACAGUCAAUUCAAGA